AGGGGGAGCUUUGCUGCCCGGCCCCCUCCCCCCUCCCCAAACCUUCCUGCCUCCUGACUGAAGACACCGCGCUUUUCUUGCAUCCUGUGUCGCUUCUAGGCUAACCACUCUCCCAAGCCUUGGGAAAAUGCUUUUCAAUAGGUAUCAGUGAUUACCAUGUCAGCCUCACUCAUCGUCGUCUCUCGCCUGUGGAGCACAGACUGAAGAAAUUUUUGAAGGAGAAAGACGGCGUUAGUUAGGUCAAGAUUUUUUUGUCAGUGAGCAUCUGUUCAUUUACAACCUACUGGAUGCUGGAAGUCUCACUCGCCUCUGGCAGCUGAAGAUGAGGUUACUAUGGAAACAGUUUUUGCUGCUAUCAAUCAUGGAGUAUCUUACAGAAUGUUUGGAUUAUAAAGCAUUCCAUGGGCCCAAGUGGCGCAUGGAGCCCAGUGAUUUGAUGGUGCCUGUGGGUUUACCUGAAGAAGAGGCCACGCUCACCUGUGAUGCUAAGGGCCUCCCUGCUCCUCAGUACAGGUGGUCACUGAACGGCACGCUAAUUGAUCUCCGGCCCGACCGACGCCGGCGGCUGUCUGGAGGAAACCUGGUCAUUAGGAGUCUGGACCGGGCGCAGGACGCUGGAAUUUACCAGUGCACCGCGUUCGGCCCUCUGGGAGCCAUUGUCAGCAGAAGAGCCAGCCUCCAGUUCGCAUACUUGAAUUUCAGAACCCAGGCGAGGAGUGCUGUGUCAGUUCGCGAGGGCCAGGGAGUAGUUUUACUAUGUGGUACUCCUACAGCUGCAGGAGACCUGUCAUUCGCCUGGGUGUUCAAUGAGUACCCGUACUUCGUCCAGCAAGACAGCAGACGUUUCGUCUCCCAGGAGACUGGCAACCUUUACAUCGCGAAGGUGGAGCCCUCAGACGUGGGGAACUACACCUGCGUGGUGGUGAACCGCAUCACGAAAGGCAAAGCCCUCAGCUCGCCCACACCUCUGGUAUUGAGGACAGACGGAGCGAUGGGCGAAUACGAACCCAAAAUAGAAGUUCAUUUUCCUGACACGGUGCCGGCUGCCAAGGGAUCCGUUGUGACACUGGAGUGCUUCGCUUUGGGCAACCCAGUUCCUGAGAUUACAUGGAGGAGGGCGAAUGGAGUUCCAUUCCCCAGCAAGGUCAAGAUGAAAAACUCAAAUGUGGUGCUAGAGAUCCCCAGUUUCCAACAGGAGGACGCAGGGGGCUACGAGUGUGUAGCGGAGAAUAAAAUGGGCAAGAACACAGUUAGAGGAAGACUCUCCUUCCAUGCCAAACCCCAGUGGGUGCAGACCAUGCGGGAUAGUGCCUUGUCGAUCGAGGAGAGGCUGUUUUGGGAGUGCAAAGCCAAUGGAAAGCCAAAGCCUUCAUACAGCUGGCUGAAGAACGGAGAGCAGCUCGUCGCAGAGGGCAGGAUGCAGAUAGAGAACGGCGCCCUGACCAUAGCCCCUGUCAACCUAUCAGAUGCGGGCAUGUACCAGUGCGUGGCUGAGAACAAGCACGGUAUCAUUUACUUCAGCGCUGAGCUGGUGGUGCUGGCCUCGCCGCCGGACUUUUCCAGGAGCUCUCUGCGGCCAAUGCUCAAAGCCAAGGCUGGCAGCGCCGUAAGUAUGGUGUGCAGGCCCCUGGCUUAUCCUGCCGCCGUCAGCUCUUGGAGGAAAGGCAACGAACCACUACAAAGCACAGAGAGGAUAAGCCUUCUCCCUGACGGGACGCUGAGGCUCAUAAACGUGACCAAAGCGGACGGGGGGAGCUACACUUGCCUGGCCAGGAAUAGGUUCGGGACGGCGAGCACCACUGGAAGACUGCUGGUCACGGAUCCCACGCGGAUCACGCAGGGCCCGGUGGACAUGGAGAUCAUAGUGGGUGAGAGCAUCGUGCUGCCCUGCCAGAUCGCCUGUGACCCCGCUCUGGAUGCGUCCUUCUCCUGGGCCUUCAACGGGCAGCUGCUCACCAAACUGGAACCGCACUACGAACACGUCGGUGGGAAUGCAGCUGGAGACUUAAUGAUUCGAAACAUCCAGCUGAGGCAUGCUGGGAAAUAUGUGUGUGUUGUCGACACCGAUGUGGAGAGUUUGUCUGCCGCCGCCAUUUUGAUUGUAAAAGGUCCCCCCGGACCUCCGGAUGGCGUCACGGUGGAGGAGAUCACGGACAGCACGGCGCAGCUCAGCUGGAGGCCGGGUCAGGACAACGGCAGCCCCACUGUGAGCUACAUCAUCCAGACCAAAACGCCGUUCACCGUGGGAUGGCAGGCAGUGAACACAGUGCCCGAGGUGAUCGACGGGAACACGCUGACAGCCACGGUGGUGGACCUAAACGCGUGGGUGGAGUACGAGUUCCGCGUGCUGGCCAGGAACAGCGUCGGCGUCGGAGAGCCGAGUCCGGCCUCGCUCAAGAGUAGGACAGAGGAUGCAGUCCCUGAUACGGCACCGGCUAAUGUCGGAGGUGGGGGCGGCUCCAAGUCAGAGUUGGUAAUAACAUGGGAGCCUGUGCCCGAGGAGCUGCAGAACGGCGACGGCUUCGGCUACAUCAUCGCCCUGCGCGCCGUCAGCGAGCUGUCGUGGACACACGCCGUGACGUCUGCGCCGGGCCGCUACGUCUACCGCAACGACAGCAUCGCCCCCUUCAGCCCUUUCCACGUCAAGGUGGGCGCCUACAACGCCAAGGGCCAGGGACCAUUCAGCACCGUCGCCACCGUCUUCUCGGCCGAGGAGGAGCCCAGCGGAGUGCCCGGGGGCUUGUGGGCCCGGAGCAUCUCCGCCUUGGAAUUCGAAGUUGGCUGGCAGAUGAUCUCCGACUCUCCUGAAAGAAUCUUGGGCUACGAGGUCGCGUACUGGGAGGACGACACCAAGCCUGAGACCAUGGGGAAGGUCCGAGUGUCUGCCGGCCAGUACACGGUGAACAUCAGCGGCCUCAAAGGGAACACGCAGUAUUCCUUAACCGUGAGCGCCUUCAACACGGCAGGCACUGGCCCACGCACCCCCACCAUCAACGUCACGACCAAGAAGUCCCCACCCGGACAAUCACCUCUGAAUGUGGAAUGGAACCUGAUUGGCUCGAAGUUGACCAUGCACUGGGAUCCUGUUGUCACCAUGGAGAUGGAAUCAGAGGUCACUGGGUAUCAAGUGUCUUACCGGAGGAACAGGCACAGUGAGUUCAACACGGUGACCACUAACCUCACCUCCGUGGAGAUCGUCCUCCCCGCCGCCGACGACUACAUCAUCCAGAUCUGCGCUCUAAGUGAAGGCGGAAAGGGCACGCCCACCGAGCCCCUCAACAUUCACAAACUGAGUAUGAGCGUGCGAGGGUCACGAGCGUGGCGGCCGACUGCCAUCCCCUUCUCCUUGCUCUUAAUCAUCAUCAUCAUCAUCAUCGCGAUAACCACCACCAGGCCGGCUUUGUGAAGGCAACCCUUAGGACCUGAUCUUGCUCGUCCUCGAUCGCUCCCGCUCGUCCGGACGUCCGUCGGAAGCGUCCUGACACGAGGUUGUCAUUCCCAAACGUCCACGUGUCACCCGAGCCGAGAUCCGGCCAAACCAUUCCAAGAAACUGACAGGAAAAUGACAGGCCCUAGGAAUUACUGGAUUUCGUGUGCAUGUUACGUACAGUGUAUCAUUGUCUCACAGCAAGCAAUGAAAGCCUGAGCAGGUUGGGAUUAUGCUCCUCUUGCUGUAUGGGGAUGUCAUGACUAGUGUGCACUACUUUCCCACAGGUCUGCGUGACCCUUGAGGAGAACAAGAUGCCUUACUUCCAUGCACAUGCCAAAGCAGUCGAUGCCCUUCUUAUGUCCUCCUCUUCCUGUUGCUAAGCUACCGUUUGUCUAAAUGUUUGCUUUUUAUUCCUUUUGAUAUGAAAUCUUGAUGUUAUUCAGUGGUUUUGUAGAGUAUUAUUACAUAUCAUUGGUGUACAGCAGCUCUGGGUUCCUCGUUUAAGAUGAUCUGUCAUUGUGCCUUCUGUAGAUACAUAUUUGUUUUUCUUACAUUAUCAAAUCUCCACUGCCUAUGACUGCUGGAGCUUUUCAUUGUCACUGGAGCAGAUUUGUCAUAGUGCUGUGAAAUAUGAUGCCCAUUUGACCUGGGUUAGCAUCUGCAGAGGUUAUAGUUAUGCAUCAUGAACUAUGUAAUUGGGUUGUCAACAUGUGCAAAUAUUGCGCACAACCUUUUUUGUAUCUGCUGGCUUACAAUUGAGCAUUAACUUAUAAUGUGUCAUGUCUUUUGAUGACACUGGAAUAUCAUUAUGAGCUGCUGAUAAGAUAUCGUUCAAAGCUAGUACACAUUUUAGGAAACAAUUUUUGAGAGGCUGCCUUUCAGAAAGCAGAACUUUCCUACAGAUAGUGAACAUUGACAUUUUUCUGUCUUCCUGGGGAAAAUGUUCAGAGGUUGUCCUUCUAAGCUAAGAUAGUUUUCUGUGAGGACUUGUGCAUGUUCCUGAAGUCUCUGGAGAAAGUUGGCUAUCUAUCUAAGCCAGCGUCACUGAGCAUUGUACCCCUGAAAAGUUUUAUGUCUGUGCUGGAGAGACCCACUCACUUUGGCCUGUCAAAUCAGUGCAGAAUGCUUACACAACUAUGUACACGUUAUCUACGUACACAUUAGUUUCAAAAAUGACUGCUGAGUUCCAGCAUGAGAUUUAAAGGAAUAGUUACCCCACCAGGAAUAGUUAAAGGAAUAGUCACUUCACUUACCCAAAUGUGGUAGAUUAGCCAAGACAUUUGGUGAUUGACAGGAAUCUUCAAUGCACACCCAAAUCUUUAUAUAUUAGCCUUAAACAACAUAGUUUAACUAGGUAAUCUUAUUUUUAAACAAAUGAUUUUGUGAAAUACCAGGGACACAAAUUCAACAAAGUGAUUCUGACUAUCCAAGACGGCUGUCCCCUUUACCUGACUGCUUUCAGCAACGUGGUAAAGUUGAGUUUAUUUUUAUAGAUAACAAUAAAUUAUAUUGUGUCCUAAACCACAUGGGUAAUUCUGCAUGACAUUACUUAAGAACUAGACAGUGUUUAAGGAAAAACAUUUAUAUGUGUUAUAUUAUUUAGAGUUUGGAGUUUAUGGAUUUUUGGUGAAACAGUUCCAUUACUUGUUAGCUACAACAUCCUCGUAACUGAAGAAGAAAACUUUGGACACCAAACAUCUUGGCUGACAGACUGCAUUUGGGGAAUGGGGGAAAUGGCUAAAUUGGAUUCUUUGCCAAAGUAUUCCUUUAAAUAUAGGACAUAAGAGUAGGUUCCAUUUCUUCUCUUCAAAUUAUGGCCCUAGUGCUGUGUUCAACAUGAAAGGAGAUAAAGAUUACCCACAUCCAGCUGGCAGAACUCGAAGAGCCGAUGACCUAGAAGCACAUAAACUGAAGGUCACUUGCGUUAUCUUUUGAUGAAUGCAAUGUCUAAUCCACGCUGUGAUUCGGAAGCCAUUAAAACGUACUAAUGCAUUAUGGCACACCCCGCUAGGUGUGUUUGACUGAGCGGGCAGUGGAAUAAUGGGUAUCGGGGCAGUGAAGAAAAGAUGGAUGCGAGACAUACAGCUCAUUCAGCCGUACCCACGCAGUCCGGACAGGACAGAUGACGGAGAUGUUUGGCUCCCAUCCCACCCUGUGACCCCUCGUCUUUCACCUGUUGCUGCGCCUAUCAUUUUCUCGCAACAACUGUGGGACGGCCGCGUGACAGAAAGCCACGGCACCUUUUGUUAGACGGUGAAUAUUUUAGUGUUCUCCAAAGCUCUGGGUCACGCCAAGCAACACAUUCCUCAGCUCCUGCUGCUUUCAGCCUUUAUUAGCAAUUUCCAAGUUGAAAGGAAAUUGGCACAAAUGGGAGAGCAGGUACCGAAGACCUCCCUCACCUUUCCUGCGUCGGAAAGAGAAAUGCUGAUCCCACAUGCUUGCCGUACAAUAGAGACAUCCUGUUCUGUUAAGACAGUCCAGACCUCUCAUCUCUAGGGUUUGGAAUCAUCGUGUAGUUUUGAUUCAGCUUCUGAUUACUGCAACCAACGUUAUAGGCGCCUGGAGUCGGUUAUGUGUUGCGUGCCUGGUUCUGAGUUUCCAGAGUAGGGUUUUUUGUUUUUUUGUUUGUUUGUUUUUUUUUCUCUUCAGUUUUCUGCCAAUUAGCCUAACAAGCCCUUACUGUGGUGAAUUGGUUGUGUAGGAAUAUGGAAAAAUGAAAGCUGGGGAGGGGGGCAAAAACUGAAUUGGGAGGGACUGCUGUAACAGUGCCUGUCACUGCCGUAUAUGAUGUGGUCCAACGGAAAAGAGGACCGAGCUCCUUUGUUGUUGUGAAAGUACUGUUGUGUUUUUGAAGCUUGUUUUGCUUUUUGAAAUUCGAUGACUGUACCAGCCUUUUAUGUUUCAUGGCCUCUUUUUUUUUUAAUUUCAUAAGGUCACAUGUUUGUAAAGGAAAGGUUCACCUGAAAAGAAACGGUAAUGAAGAUUAAUUUCAUGGAAAUUGUCAAGAACAGAAUGUGCUGAAUUUGUGAUGUUUUUGUUUGUUUUACUCUCCUGAUGUUGGCAUGUGUUUUUGUCUCUGACCUGUCAGCUGGGUGCACCUUUCUCAUGUCUGAUUUGACCUACUCUGUUGAUACUGCUGUAUUCUUUAGAAAGUUUUUAAUCUCCGUGAGAUGAGAUGUUUGAACAGAAUGUUAUUUUCAUAUUGAAAAGCAAUUCUCUCAUCCUGUACAGUAAAGCAGUGCAUGUUUCUAAUUA